UGGCUGUGCUGUGCUGUUCUGUCGUAUCAAAACAAUUCCCGCAAAUCCACCGCAAUUGGUUGGAUGUGGUGAAAAUUACGUUCAAAAAUCAUCAUCCGCUCAGCGACAACUACUGUAAGCUGCACGCUAGGCUUUGAGUCACACUCUUCACUCUCGCCAGCUGCUCAACAUCCUCCACACAAGUGUGAUCGAGGCCCGCUGACGUGAUCAAGGCCACGGUCAGCAAGCACGCAGAGAGCAAAUAUGCAACCAGCUGACGGAUUAUGUAACGCCAGAGAAAUGACAACCGAUGGCUCAACGAACAGCACCAAGACGAAUCGAAAGAACGGCUCCAGACAUCCACGCGAGUGUCUGGAGCAUGUUCCCCUGUUCCGGUGGCUGAAAGAACUCGGAUGGCGAAACGAAACAGCGUUACGAAUAGCGACGUUCGAGCGCACCGGGAAGGGACUGUAUUCGCGGCGAUCGAUCGCUGGUGGGGACUGCAUCAUAGCACUGCCAUUCGAAGCGUUGAUCGGCUGGAACACGAUCGAGAAGGAUGAAGAGUUCAGGGCCAUGUUCAACGGCGAAACCAUCGGCCAGCGCGAAGCCAGCGAGAAGAUUCCCUUUCAAACGCUGUUGGCCUUCUACCUCUGUGCACAGGAGCACAAGAAGAACCCAAGGACUGAAGCGUAUUUGCAGGCGCUACCAAAGACGUUCUCCAAUCCUUACUUUUGCUCCAAAGCGGAACUGUUGCACUUUCCCGAGGUGCUGUUGAGAACAAUGGUUGAGCAGAACCAGCAAAUUAAUGUGGCAUUUGAAAGAAUCGUCACCGCUCUGCAUUCCCAGUGGCAGGGCGUAUUUGAACUGGAGCGCUUCAAGUGGGCAUUCUUUGCGGUAAACACCCGGAGUGUGUACGUGGACCCGGAGGUUACGCGAAUGAUCAACAGUUUCCUACCCGCCGGCACCCUAUUCGAAGACCUUCUCUCCGACGACCCAUCGAUGGCGCUUGCACCAUUGCUGGACUUUUUCAACCAUCAUGCGCGCACCCAAACGAAAAGUGGCCUCUCACUUACGACACGGCAAGUUCAGCAUCGGCUGAGCAAAGGGAAACCGUUGGAUCUGUGGUACACGCUUCGCACGCACGCCGCCCAUCCGGCCGGGCGGCAAAUUUUCAUCGACUACGGCACGCACAACAACACCAGUUUGCUGCUGGAGUACGGAUUUACGGUUCCCGAUAAUCCGGACGAUUUCUUCGAACUCACGCUGGACGAUAUCAACGCGUUCAUCAAGCACGACCCCGAACUGCGGUGCUUGCGAUUGCCGCGCGAAAAGUACCGGUUCAUUGGCGGACAUCGGCUCGCCGAACAGCUGUUCUUCGUUGAGGACGAUCUGCUGAGCCACAACCUGUCCGUCUGUUUGACGAUCCUCUUCGUGGAGCAAAACGUUCACCACCUGCGGGCGAUCGCAUUCGCCUCGACCCCUCCACUGGGGCCGAUCCGAGCGAUCGCGCUUCGGUUGCUCGAUUUCGUGGCGUUGCAAAUGAACCGAUCGAUUGCGGGCCUCAGUUCGCUGGCUUCGCUCACGCCUGCGGCGAUCGCGUAUCGAGAGUACGGAUGGGAGGGUGUCCGAUUUUUGAAUAAAAUCAAAAGCAAAUUUUAG